AUGAAUCGACUAUUCGGUACAAAGAAUGCGGCUCCAAAGCCAACCCUUGACGGUGCCAUCUCAAAUGUAGACAACCGCAUCUCAAGCAUCGACGUCAAGCUCGCUGCCCUGAAUUCGGAACUCUCCACAUAUCAAACCAAAAUCGCCAAGAUGCGCGACGGACCAGGCAAGAAUGCCCUUCGACAGAAGGCCCUCAAGGUGCUACAGCGUCGGAAGCAAUACGAGUCGCAGCGGGAUCAGCUAUCGCAGCAAUCGUGGAAUAUGGAGCAGGCUGGGAUGAUGCAGGAUAAUCUCAAGAAUACGAUGACGACAGUCGAUGCGAUGAAAACGACCACGAAGACCUUGAAGAAGCAGUAUGGCAAAAUCGAUGUGGAUCAGAUCGAACGCAUGCAGGACGAGAUGGCAGAUCUGAUGGACAUGGGUAAUGAGAUUCAGGAAAGCAUCUCCCGCUCCUACGAUGUCCCUGAGGAUGUGGAUGAGGCGGAACUGGAUGCCGAACUUGAGGCACUAGGAGAGGAAUCAAUGUUCGAGAGCUCGAUGGGUGAGAGCGCAAUGCCGAGCUUCUUGCAGGACGAGGUGGCGCCGCCUCAGUUCAUCGAUGAGCCUCCGGAACAAGGCAAGGUCAAGGAGCCUGCUGGUGGCUUGGGCUAG